AUGGAUCAGUCAUCUAUCCUCAGUCUCCUGUCCACCAGGAACACAACACUUACCAACAACACCAGAAACGAUUUCAAUCUUAUCAAUAUCAACAAUGCCCACGGAGACUUGCUGAGCAAGCCUUCCAACAUCAUCCUAGGGCAAGGAGCCGACAAGCAUUUCGGUAACCAGUCCGAGCUCCGGAACUACGCCUUCGAUCCAUUGAUUUCCACAUUGCGUCCGCUUGUGUCCGAGAGCGCGCGUGUGCUUGGCCAGAGACUCGGCUUCGCUCCCACCAUUGACUGGUACCAGGAUGUGCCUUUGGCUGGUCCGCAAGUCGUUGGAAAUGCUCUCCGUCCUAGCUUGACGAUUUGUGCUGCCACGACUCCUCGCACAAGCCUUGUCACUAGCAUGGUCUACGUCUCAAGCGCCUGGUGUUCCACGGAUAUUGAAACCGAUGGACGAGAAUCUACGUGGCCUGUCCAGCACCUUGCGAAAUACGCCCAGCACAGCGGGACUCGCUACAUGCGAUAACCGACACGGAAGUAGUCGUCAUUCGCUUCCACUCGCUGGAUGGGGGGGAACCUGGCGCCCAGUGGAACGCGAUUCCACGUAGUGCAUGCGGCGAAG